CCUCCUAGGCGCCAGAGGCGUUUUUCGGGCUCGAGCCCUUUAACCUGCCUCCUUACCGAGCAUCUGGAGAAGAGCCGUGGGCUGCUGGCACUGCUGCCCCUGGCGCCCCAGGGCGCCGGGUGCGCACAGCUAUGGGCUCCAUAUGCCCCCACUGGCACCGAUUAAGUAAGCGCUCAGUACAGGGCGGAGGGUUAUUUUGAGAUCGGAGUGACGGCGCCUGGCCCGUUGGCCCUCAUUGCUAGCUGUCACAUUACCUUGGGCCGGUCACUGGAAUACCAGGAUACCUGUCAAAGGCAGCAUACCGUCCUGGUCUUGGAGCUCUGAGACAAACCCGCGAACCUACAGUUACAACCUGGGGCACUGUGAGAGUCCAGCUUAAAAUGGAUAAGUAGUGGCAUGAGAAAGCAGGUUGAAGGAGAGCUGAGCCUGGCGCAUCCUGGGAAGGCAGUAACUCUUCGUUGAACAAAUGAAAGAAGAGAAGGAACUCAGCCAUGGUGAACGAACCCGGAGGGAAUGGCGGCCCCAACCCCGGCUUGGAAGGCGGCAGCAGUGGCAUCGAGAGCUCCAAGGACAAUUCGAGAGGUUCCUCCCUGGGGCUGGACCCCGAGCGGAGCGAGAGACUCCGGGAGAAAAUGAAGCGGCGGAUGGAAUCUGGUGACAAGUGGUUCUCUCUAGAAUUCUUCCCUCCUCGGAUGGCUCAGGGAGCUGCCAAUCUCAUCGCGAUGUUUGACCAGAUGGGGGCAGGCAGACCCCUCUUCAUUGAUGUGACCUGGCACCCAGCAGGAGACCCCGGCUCAGACAAGGAGACGUCCUCCAUGAUGAUCGCCAGCGCCGCUGUGAACUACUGUGGCCUGGAGACCAUGCUGCACAUGACCUGCUGCCAGCAGAGCCGGGAGGGGAUCACGGGCCAUCUGCACAAGGCCAAGCGGCUGGGCCUGAAGAACAUCUUGGCUUUGAGAGGAGACCCCGUAGGUGAGCAGUGGGAGGAGGAGGAAGGAGGUUUUUCCCACGCUGCAGACUUGGUGAAGCACAUCCGCAGCGAGUUCGGUGACUACUUUGACAUCUGUGUGGCAGGUUACCCCCAAGGCCACCCUGACGCGGAGAGCUUUGAGUCCGACCUGAAGCACUUGAAGGAGAAGGUGUCCGCGGGGGCCGACUUCAUCAUCACCCAGCUUUUCUUUGAGGCUGACACGUUCAUCCGCUUCGUUAAGGCUUGUUCCGAGGCAGGCAUUAGCUGCCCCAUCCUCCCCGGAAUCUUCCCCAUUCAGAACUACCACUCCCUGCGGCAGCUCGUGAAGCUGUCCAAACUGGAGGUGCCCCAGAGCAUCAAGGACGUGAUCGAGCCGAUCAAGGACAAUGACGAUGCCAUCUGCAACUAUGGCAUCGAGCAGGCCGUGGGCCUGUGCCAGAAGCUGCUGGCAAGUGGUUUGGUGCCGGGCCUGCACUUCUACACCCUCAACCGCUGGAAGGCCACCACCGAGGUGCUGAAGCGCCUGGGCAUGUGGACUGAGGAACCCAGGCGCCCCCUACCCUGGGCUCUCAGCGCCCACCCCAAGCGCCGGGAGGAAGACGUGCGUCCCAUCUUCUGGGCCUCCAGACCAAAGAGUUACAUCUACCGCACCCGGGACUGGGAGGAGUUCCCCAACGGCCGCUGGGGCAAUUCCUCCUCUCCAGCCUUCGGGGAGCUGAAGGACUACUACCUCUUCUACCUGAAGAGCAAGGCCCCGCGGGAAGAGCUGCUGAAGAUGUGGGGGGAGGAGCUAACCAGCGAAAAGAGCGUCUUUGACGUCUUUGUGCACUACCUCUCUGGGGAGCGAAACCAAAAUGGCCAUCGAGUCACUUGCCUUCCCUGGAACGAUGAGCCCUUGGCGGCCGAGACGGGCCUGAUGAAGGAGGAGCUGCUGCGAGUGAACCGGCGGGGCGUCCUCACCAUCAACUCCCAGCCCAGCAUCAACGGGAAGCCGUCCUCCGACCCCAUCGUGGGCUGGGGCCCCGGCGGGGGCUAUGUCUUCCAGAAGGCCUACUUGGAGUUCUUCACUUCCCGGGAGACAGUGGCCGCGCUUCUGCAGGUGCUGAAGAAGUACGAGCUCCGGGUGAACUACCACAUCGUGGACGUGAAGGGUGAAAAUAUCACCAAUGCCCCUGAGCUGCAACCCAACGCUGUCACUUGGGGCAUCUUCCCCGGGCGAGAGAUUAUCCAGCCCACGGUAGUGGAUCCUGUCAGCUUCAUGUUCUGGAAGGACGAAGCCUUCGCCCUGUGGGUCGAGCAGUGGGGCAGGCUGUAUGACGAGGAGUCCCCGUCCCGCAUGGUCAUCCAGCACAUCCACGACAACUACUUCCUCGUCAACCUGGUAGACAACGAGUUUCCGCUGGAGAGCUGCCUGUGGCAGGUGCUGGAAGAUACGUUUGAACUUCUCAACAGAACCACCUCGGAAGAGAGGGAGACCAGCGCUGUGACCCCACACCCUGACCCCGCAUCCUGACGUCCUUAGCGUUGGCCGGUUGUGUCCCGCCUUUCUCCUCCCCAGGACUGGCUCUCCUGGGGACCCCUAUCUUUGUCCCUCCCCAAGCCCCAGCCUCCGCCCCCCGACAAACAACAGAAGCUAGAUGGGUGUGAGGCUUCCAGGCUCUGGCUGGGCCCGAGUCAGCCCGACAUGGGAGCCUGGUGCUCCCUGCUCAGCCGGGAGAUUUUGCCCUUCUGUGGGGAGCGCCCUCCCCUUGCUGCAGAGGGCCACGGUGGGUGGGGCAGCGUCCGCACUGAGAAGGGAGGAGACCAGUUGCUGCUGACUGAGCCCUCCGCCGGGAGCCGGCCUGACACCGCCAGUGACCUGGCACUCGGGCCUAGGGAAGGUGGGCAAAGGGACACGGGCAGCAGGCACUCGUGGCGCCGCCAGAGAGCUGCGACAAAGUGAAGAUGUUGCCCCCUUCCGCCGCUGAGACAUUGGCAGCGGGCACUUCCUGCUUCCGACCGAAGAGGCAGACACUACCCUGGUGCCAGGCCCCUGGCUGGGCCUGGGGCUAAGACCUAAUAACACAAGCAUUUCUUGCCACCUUCUACC